GAUAAUUUUGUGUUUUGAUAUUUGCUUCGUUCACAGAUGGCGCCCCCGGCAAAAGUAUAUCUGCAAUAUAUCCCUGUGGCGGCCACAGCGGUGUUUACGGCGCUGGUAUACUACUUCAUCGACUACAUUCUCUGGUGCAUAGUGACAGGCUGCGUUCUCUACGCUGCGGGGGUGUAUUUCCUCAAAUCCGAGGCUCCAAGUCAAAUCGAUCCCACAGGAAAGGCCAUUCUCAUCACAGGGUGUGAUGCAGGGCUGGGAAAUGAGCUGGCGACCCGCGCACACAAACUCGGCUUCACGGUGUUUGCCGGCUGUCUGAACGACAACACGGAGGGUCCCCGGGCCCUACAGGCCACCUUUGGGGAGAGGAUGCACGUCCUGUAG